CUYUCGAAAAAUCUUUCGAAAAAUUUACUCGUGACGACUCGSURGAKAUCUUUYGGCGGCAGGUUCAGCCCGAGUACGACACCUGACUGCACUCAUCCCCAUUGCUAUCGGYCAUCAACUUCAAAGGCGAAGCUGACGUUCGAGAGUGAGCCAUGGAAMGGAGCUUUGCGGCAAUCGCUCCGGGAAGACUUUGCCUCUUCGGAGAACAUCAAGAUUAUCUCGGAUUUCCCGUCAUCGCAUUGGCCUUGCCAUUGCUGUGCUGUAGAAUCGACGUGACUGUUGCUUUGACCGAAGACGUCGGCCGCRAUAKCGAAAGAACCGAUGAUCAUAUUGUCAUCAACCUCCAACUUCCCGAAGCUCUGGGUGGGGAAAGCAGAGAGUAUGAUCUGGAAGAUCUUCCGCCAUCUCCUCCUGGAAGUCGACAGGACGGAAAGGACUACGACUUUGCCUUGGCGGCGAUCCAUGAAGUUUUAAAGGAACGGAAGAAAUCAAACGGGUCGCAAUUUACCGACACWACUGGUGUUUGUGGUAACAAUGACAAAAGGAAAAAGGUUCACGUCCAAUGCACGUCAUCUAUCGGAGAAUUACCUCUGCGUGCUGGAUGCAGUUCGUCCACUGCCUUCGUUACGGCUUUCGUCAUGGUCCUGAAGCAGAUCUUCGAUGAUCAGCACAAUCGGCGUCUGCGAGAAAAUUCCACGGGAACUUGCAGCAACAGUAGCAAUUGCAAAGGGGAAAAUUCUGGURAUGGCAAUGGUGCUGGCAACGGCCAUSUCCUCGAAUUGGCGAAAUUAGCACACCGAGCAGAAGUUACGCAUUUCGGCAAUCCGGGCGGAACCAUGGACCACGUCGCAAUCGCUUUCGGUUCCUUCGUCGAGACAADGGAAAACGGCCACGACGUUUGCAGCGUAUUGCGAAUUGGUCCAGAUCCAUGGGAAGUUGAGCUACUGCCGAUGUUCCCGCCAUUUGAUAGUAGCAAUGGCAUGGAAGACGACAAGGACAACGGUGUUUGGAUCUUAGGUUAUUCCGGAGAACCAAAGGAUACAAUAAAACACUUAAAACGAUGUAAAUACGACAGAAUAGAGUUGYUUCAGAAGAAGUUGAAGGGAGACUGGGAUCAUCCAAUAGUAGUCGCCAGUGACGAUUGCGAUGGUAAUGAUGGUUCCAGGUCUCAAGAGAGAUCAACACCGACGCCGACUUUAUCCGAAGCAGAACAAGCUUUGCGAAAGGCRACAAUCUCCAAUCGCGAUACCGAGGAAAAGGCAGCCAAGUUAUGGAGGUCAUAUUGUGGAUCACAGUAUAUACCACAAUCGAAAAACGAGUCGCUUGGRCAUUCUCUUGCUCGCCUAAUGAAAAAACACCACGAAGCUCUUCGCGACGGCUUAGRCUUGAGCACCCCGCGUCUCGAAGCGAUGAACCAAGCCGCACUAGAUGCCGGUGCAUGGGGGUUCAAAGUGGUUGGUUCGGGUGGGGGGGGCUGCGGUGUAGCUUGGGCGCCCUCUUUCAAAGCGAUGGUCGUAUCCGAUGCAAUGGAGAACGUUGGAGGCGCGGAGAAAACCUGGAUAAUCAAGAAUGCCGGUCGGGGAGCUCGUAUUAUCUCAACCAACGAGAGCGAAGUGCUGCAAGUAUAGAUACCAAAACUUUACCGGAUCUUUCUCUCCAAAGUUUAUAGAGAUUUCCAUCAUUAUUWCGCCGUGCAUGAGAAUCCUUCAAAUGAAAUUGUGUGACGGCAAACCACCGGCUAAUUCGAGAUGCAAACAUACGUCUUUUUGAAAAAGAGUCAUUUUGUUUCAGCAGGGCCAUUUUUCAYAAGUGGUUGUAACAGAAAUWAAGCUGCUUCAUACUGAAUGACAGCAGUCGCACUUUUUCCUUUCCAAAAGUCUCGAAGGGCACGGUCUUUAAUGACAUAAAAAAAGAGAGCAUCGGAACAAAACUCCAUACUUCUGUUGUCUCUGAACGGGGUUGGUUCCGCCAGUAUCGCAGAAUUUCGAACAAAAGCAACACAGAGACGAAUCCAAUUAGUAAGCAAUUUUUGGUCGAUCGCUGAAGGAUGCUGUCGGAAUUCCAGUGUUGACCUUUUCCCCGAGUURCCCGAGAGAAGUCCGUGUAGGUUCAGUUUAUAACACACUCCUGAAGGAUUCAUCAUUCGAACAAGCGCUUCGAUGCUUUUGCAUUCUCCAAGAAGAUUGUGGAGAGUUCGAUUGGAAUAGCAGCCUAUAGCUUUUUUGUUUGACUGGAGAAAUUCUUCUUCUUCAGUUUCAUUUAUUGUWUUUUGAAUGAGCAARUCCAAUACAUCUUCAUACUUGAUGAAGUUCUGACAUACUUUGAUAAGUUGCUUCAAGGAUAGGCCUCUUGCACAUACACUGACGUGAAAAUCCAUACAAUCAUCUAUGGUGGCGUCGAGAUUACCGUACAAGGUGGCAACAGUGUAUGAWAUACUCGCCAAUCCGCCCUCUCCAUUGAGCUCUGGAGAACUAAUCUURAAACGAUCACCAGUUGGUUUAGAUCCGCAGCAACGUGUCGAGGAGCUCGGGAGUAUUGCCCAUCCUUUUGCAUUUYCAAUAUCCAUCCGUUCCGUGUUCCCAGACUCCGUGAGCGAACCAGUGAACCUUCUUAAAUGUUCUUCUAAUAUCUGACUYAUCACAGUGRGUUUCCUAGUACAAGUAAAUUCGAAUUCGAUGAAAUAUUGUUUAUCGCGAGGCAUGUUCAACUUAAUAUUUUGAACAGGUCCUUGCUCGACGAAUUUCCUUUGUUUCAGGCGGGAACCAUUUUCUUGACAGACAACUGUGUAUUGAAUAUUCUCUCGCUUCUCACCCGCGCCCACUAUUGUUAUGAUCGCUUUCGUCCAGCCGUAUGAUUGUUGCCGAGUUUGGAAUCUCCAAUGUGUACUUCCAUCGAAUUUCCGUAUCGGGAUAGGGCUAUAAGAAGUGAAUCUCUGAGGGGAAAACGUAGACCCCAAAUSAAAUACUACGUUAUGAAUUAUAUCGGGAGAGCCAUUAACCACGUCGAUGUAUAGUUGCCAAUCAUGGAUUUUUAGGAAAGGAGCUGACUUUGCUUGAAUGGCAAUGGCUUCCGGAAUUUUUUGGUAUGUGUUCCCAACAACGAAAUCUAUUGCUCUUUCUAUUUCUGGUAGAAACAUUUUCACCCUCUAUUUGUUUAUGGUCUGGAAGCGAURCGAUCUUUUAGCAUGCGUGAUGAAUGCUGACAACAUUGGUGCGCUUAUGUAGGACCUAAUAUUCUCUACGAUACUUCGACCACUAUGGUACAUAAUCAUAACAUAAACUUUUCUCGUGUAA